ACAGCCAAUGUUAGCUGCUUCCCAGAGCCAUCUGCUCAAGAGCGAGGAGAUUGUCACUAGUGUGUGCAUCUAACAGCUCAGAAGCUAAUCUCCGCACUCAGACACAAGUCAGCAUGACGAGCAACAACAACAGAACUCAAGGUGGGAAAGCCUUUGGGAUCCUGAAGGCCCAGCAAGAAAUGAGGUUGGAAGAGGUCAAUAAGGAAUUCUUGUCAGAUGAAAAGUACUAUGACAUUGAGGACAUAGAGGAAAAACUGGAGUCCUGUAAAAGCAAAUUCAUGGAUUUUGACCUGAAUGAUCAAGGAGAGAUUGACAUGAUGGGCCUAAAAAUGAUGAUGGAGAAAGUUGGGGUCCCAAAAACUCACUUAGAAGUGAAAAAGAUGAUCGCAGAAGUGACGGGUGGAAACAGUGAAUCCAUUUGCUACCGGGACUUCAUUAAAAUGCUGCUUGGGAAGCGAUCAUCUAUUCUGAAAAUCAUUAUGAUGUUUGAAGGAAAGGCCAACGAAACGCCACUAAAGCCUGCAGGCCCCCCACCGAGGAGAGACAUCAGCAGCCUUCCAUGAAGUGACAAGAUGGCGGCCUGCACCAUCUUCCUGUGUACAAAGCCAAACGUUGUUCCAAGCACUGCUACAAAGGACAUUCCCUGCAGACAAAGUGCCUUGAGAGGACGAAUUUCACUCUCACACCUCCUCCCCCUCCUCAUUUCUCUAUUUUAUCGACCAACUUUUUUCUUUCCUGGACUGUCCUAUAGAGCUUCUACUAUUUAUUACAGGGAAGACGAUUCAGUGACACAUUGUGGGCCUUUAUGUAGAAAAAGUGUCUGAAAUCAAAGAGUCUGAAUAGGUUUCCUGAAAAUGAAAGGCAAGAUCUCAUUGGUUGCUGGGCAAAGCGAAGAUGCUCUUUUAUGCACAUGCCCGGUGCGACGGAGGCCAUUGAUGUAGAAUGGUCAAGUUUUAAAGAUACGGACACCUUACCAGCCCAUUUAAUACAGCCAAGCUAAUGUUAUGCAAAAUACAAUAAUCCUUACCUAACUAAUACGAUUUAUGGUGGUCAUCACACUGGUGAAAGCUAUUGCUAGAGUCCUUGCCACCCCUCUGAAAAGUGAUCCAUAGUGGAACACUUUUUUCAGAGGGUGUAUGGCAGUGAGGAUGUGACAUGUCCCCUUGCAGCAAUUACAUCGCCUCCCUCUAUGCCUAAAUGGGUCAUGUUCAGCAGCGGUACCAUAUGCUGUUUAAUUUAUGUCACAGCCUCAAAGCAUAGCAGAGUGGCUUUCUGUAGGUGGACGGCACAACUGUGGCUUAAGCCCUUUUACAACCCCUUAGUCGCCCAUGUCAACAAGCCCAAUGGGCACAUUCACACUUGCUGCUGGGGGAGGUAAAAAUAGAUGGUUGGGCCAUGGUCUUAAUGCCCUCCCCCCAACACCAAAUCCAACACAGCGACCUGAAGGGAGUUGUGGGCAAAAAUGUCACCACCCUCCACGUCACAUUUGGCGGCCAGUACUGCUUGCUGAACAUGACCUAUUCAAGUGAAUGGGUUCACACUGUAAUGGCCCUGCAAUGUGUGCAAUAUACAUGGUUGUGGUGUGGUAGGGUGGGCUUUUAAGGGUUAAAACAGGUGGUGUGCCAUCUGUCAAGUAUCCUAUGAAAAGCAGUCCAUGGCGGAUUGCUUUUUAGAGGGGUGACAAGGGCUGUUGCAGUUGUUUUCUAUGUGCCCUUGCAGUUACUGGCGUUGAGCAUGUGCAGAAAAUCACCAGUCAUCGCACAAAGUGUGAACGAGUUCUUAAAGCCCAACUCUAGGAAUAGUGAAAAUCCUCCAUUGCAGUGGGAUAUUCCCUGUACUGCAAGGGUUAUAUGCUUGUUUAGGUCUAGAGCAGUGGGGGCACAGGGGUGCUUCCCCCCUAAUCCAUGCGCCCAGCCCCUAAUCCACAAGCAGGGCACAUAAUUAGAGCCUGAGGCUAUAAUUUGCAU